AUGGUCGGUAUGACAAGCAGCUUACCUCCAAGCAAAUCACAAUCUCUUACCUGCGUUAGGGCUGACCGUAAGCAGUCUGUGUCUGAAACCCACUUUUUCCUUGAAGCUUGUAUGGCGAAGUCCCAGUUUAUUACCCAUGGUUGGGACCUCAGAUAUAUUUUUGGGGAGUUCAGCCCUGAUGAAUUUAAUCAGUUCUUUGUGACUCCACGAUGCUCUGUUGAGCUCCCUCCGUACAAUGAAACAGUUUCAUGUGGUAUUAAGUCCACAGGGGAAGAGUAUCAGAGAAUUGAAUUUGGUGUUAAUGAAGUUAUUGAGACACAGUCAUCUGUACUAAAUAACACCGACUACAGUAUUUCAAGUACUCUGAAUCCUCAGGCUCCAGAAUUCAUUCUUAGUUGUGCACCUACUCAGAAAACCCCUGAUGAUACUCUCAGUGAAACAAACUACAACUCCAUUGACUGCCAGUUCCCUGAUCCAACCCUCGCUUUGGACAGCGGUUCUAACGCUGAAAACGAUGGCAUGUCUGGAGGCCUUGGACAAAGGGAGCGUAAAAAGAAGAAAAAAAGACCGCCCGGAUACUACAGUUACUUGGAAGAUGUCAAUGACGGCAUCGCUCCCGCAGAAGCUCUUGUAAAUGGCCAUGCGAAUUCAUCGGGACUAAACAGUAUAAGCACGGAGGAUACAGAACUGACAGGAGACAUACCCUCCCUGGCCACACCAAGGACUUGCAACAGCCCAGACAAUUCUGUGGACUUCAUUAACGAAGCUGUCUCUGAUGAUUCUGUUUCUAGCGCACUAGACAAUACCAGGACUGCAGGGCAGCCUGAGGUAUGCCGUGUUACUAAUUCUGAACAGUUUUGCAUCCCCUCAGAGACUGGCAGAGAUAGCCCUUUAAGGACAGCUGUUGUACAGUCUUAUGCUGGUACUGAUACUACUGAAAAUCUUGGCGUUACUAAUGGACAAACACUUGAAUCCUCUGGUGAGGACACAGCUGCCAAUGCGGUAGAAUUGCACACUGUGGAAAGCACUGACUCAGACCAAGCUAAUAAGCCUGAGGAAGCUUCACCUACUACUGAGGCAACAGUCCCGGUUGCAGGAUCAGUCCCUGUUAAUCAGCCUGCAAAAUCGUGGGCUAGUCUUUUUCACAAUUCCAAGCCCUCUGCUUCCACAUCUGUGGUCUAUGUUGAGACUAAGUAUACCCCUCCUGCCACAUCUCCUCUGGUCCCUGAAAAACAGGUUGAAGUCAAAGAGGGACCUGUUCCAGUUUCAGAGGAUCCCGUAGCCAUAAAGAUUGCAGAAAUACUGGAAAAUGUAAGACUAAUACAUAAACCAGUGUCUUUGCAACCGCGAGGGCUGAUCAACAAAGGAAACUGGUGCUACAUCAAUGCUACCCUGCAAGCCUUGGUUGCUUGCCCUCCAAUGUAUCAUUUAAUGAAGUCCAUUCCAAUGUAUUCAAAAUCGCAGCGGCCGUGUACCUCAACACCAAUGAUAGACAGUUUUGUUCGUUUAAUGAAUGAGUUCACUAAUAUGCCUGUACCUCCUAAAGCAAAACAAGCUUUAGGUGAUAAAAUAGUGAGAGACAUCCGGCCAGGAGCUGCCUUUGAACCUACAUACAUUUAUAGACUUUUGACGGUUAUAAAGUCAAGCCUGUCAGAAAAGGGCAGGCAAGAGGAUGCUGAAGAAUACUUGGGAUUUAUACUCAAUGGGUUACAUGAAGAAAUGCUGACCCUAAAGAAACUUCUCUCUCCACAUAAUGAAAAGCUCUCAGUGUCCAAUGGCCCUGAGGCUCAGACUGUUCAUGAAGAAGAGGAGCAAGAUGAACAAGGGGAAGGCAGUGAGGAUGAAUGGGAGCAAGUGGGACCUCGCAACAAAUCAUCAGUCACUCGACAGGCUGACUUUGUUCAGACUCCAAUCACUGAUAUUUUUGGUGGUCAUAUAAGAUCUGUUGUUUACCAGCAGAGUUCUAAGGAGUCAGCUACACUGCAACCUUUCUUCACCCUGCAACUGGAUAUCCAGUCAGACAAGAUUCGCACAGUUCAGGAUGCGUUGGAAAGUUUGGUGGCGAGAGAGUCUGUCCAGGGUUAUACCACAAAAACCAAGCAAGAGGUGGAGAUCAGUCGAAGAGUGACAUUAGAAGAACUCCCCCCUGUUCUUGUUUUACACCUCAAGCGGUUUGUAUAUGAGAAAACUGGUGGGUGCCAGAAGCUUAUCAAGAAUAUCGAGUAUCCUGUUGAUCUGGAAAUCAGUAAAGAGCUACUAUCUCCUGGUGUGAAAAGUAAAAUUUUUAAAGGCCAAAGAACCUACCGGCUCUUUGCAGUUGUCUAUCAUCAUGGAAACAGCGCAACUGGUGGCCAUUACACUACGGACGUCUUCCAAAUUGGUCUCAACGGCUGGUUACGCAUCGAUGACCAGGCAGUCAAGGUGAUCAAUCAGUACCAGGUGGUGAAGCCGUCUGCAGAACGCACAGCCUACCUCCUGUACUACCGCCGAGUUGACCUGCUGUGAAACUUUUCCCUUUUACGCUGUGUGUGCAAGAUACCUGCUUUGUAGAACGCCAACUAUCACUAACUUUUUUUCUCCUGUAAAUGCUCUUUUGAGUGAAUCUUCUUUCUUUUUUUUUUCUUUUUUUUUUCUUUCCCUUGCAACUAUUGGAUAGAGUGAUAAAGGAAACUACCUUGGGUUUGUGCACAACAUAGUUUGUGUUGACUUUUGACUUUGCAGAAUGAAGUCACUUGUUUGAAAGACUCAGCCUCAUGAAUCACAAAAA